UGUGACGAAAUUAAAAAAUUUCGAACCAAACAACUCCCACCAAAGUUGGCCAUCGUCUAGGGACUACUUUAUAGGUGAUGACACCAAAUGCUUAUUCCAAAAAUCUCAGGAGGGAACGCUGGGUCUUCAGAUGCCUUUGCUUUCGCAAUGUUGGUUAAUUGUUACCGUCUUCUUGAUCCCACAGGGAUCACUCAAAUGGCGCACUCUGCACUUCUUCUUCUUCCCACUAUGGCUCGUACCCUGCCAAGUUGUAGUAUGGGUGAAGCUCUUGGCAAAUUGGUUGCCGUGCAUAGUUGUCGUCCCUCUUAAGCUCAUGUCAGGCAUGAUUGUUGCAGAUGCAAGAUUUUUAUUGUCCUUCUUUAGCAGUCACAGGAGAGACGUCAUUGAUCAUGAAGCUUCUUCUGCCGCGGAAUCCAUCAAAUUAUGCGCUCUCUCCAAGGACGAAGAUUUUGACACAUACGGCCCACUUCAGUUAGCUAUAUGCAGUCACUCGUUGCGAUCUUUCCCCACCAUUAACGAACCGAAAACCACGGAAGAAGACUGCAGGGCCAUUGUUGUCCAGGAAGAGGAACUGUACUGCAAGACAGAGUUUGCAGACACACAUAAUGUUUGUCCAGUGAUAGAUGUGCCAAAUUCCAUCGAUGGGAUGAAGGAAUCUUUUCAAAUGUCUGAUCCUAAAUUGGUGGUUUCAUUGUCGGAGCCAGAGGCACAGCAGCAGAAAGAGGAACAAAUGGAUGAGUUUUACAGAGAAUAUGCGACGAGGAUGACGAUGUUCGAUCUCCUCAACUCUGAGAGGGGCAGUAUGCUAAGUGCAAUUCUAGGGAAGCAAGUGCAGGACUCCAAUUUGGCCGAAAGGUUCGCUUCUAUAACGUCUGCUAGUGAUACUCAUGGCAAUGUUGGUAUGAGAAAGCUUGUCAGGCGUUUACAGUGUGAGUUUGAAAGGGUGUAUGUGGGUCACUCUUGUUUGUGCUGGGAUGCCAUUCAUCAUCAGUACCUGAAAAUUCAGCAGAUGGCAGCUGCAGAUUGCCAUCUGAGGUUACCAUAUGAUAGAGUAGCUCAGAAGUUUCAAAAAUUCAGGGUUUUGCUAGAGAGAUUCAUGGAAGAUGAAGGGCCGCAAAUUGAAAGGUUUUGGAGAUAUUCCAAGAGCAGAUUAGCCUCCAAAAAUUUGCUUCAAGUCCCUUGUUUAUCAGGCUAUGCUGAGGAAGAGCAAAUCGGAGGGGGGGAUGUGAAAGCGACCAAAUUGCUUCAAAUUAUGGAGGAAUCUAUAUGGACAUUUUGGGUUUUACUCUCAACUGACAACAAGAAAACUCCACGGAGAUUGGGAUCCAAGCUUCUGUGGGAUGAUCCAUUAGUUGAAGACCCGAAUGAUCUAGAGUUGCUGUUCUACCUGAGGAAGACCCUCAAAGAAAGAAAAGCAAGAGCGAAAGAUAUGGUAAGAAAGAAGAAAGGCUGGCUGUUAAAGAGAAGAAGAAUGGAUACAGUUGAAGAAGCACAAAAAUUGGAGUACCUGUUCGCCUUGAUAGAAAUAAAGCUUGUAUCCAGGGUUCUGAAGAUGAGUCACCUUUCUACUAGCCAACUAAACUGGUGCCAACACAAGCUUCAGGGUAUUGAGUUUCAUGGUGGAAAACUGUACAGGGGCUGCUCAGGCUUCUUUUUCCCUUUCUCUUAGGCUUACAGAAAAGAGAAAUGACAAGAAAGGCCUAGGCAACAUCAGUUCAUGCUGCCAAAGCCCAAAAUUUCCUUUCUAGUAUUCAAAUUGUACAGUGGGCACAUUAUUUUUUAUAUAGAGGAAUUUGUCCUCCCCAAUGGAGCAGAACUCCAGCCUUUA